CAGCUGCUGGACGACCGAUGACUAACGGUGGUUGAGAGACAGAGAGCCCGAGCAGAGUGCACCAUCAUGGGAGCGAACCAGGUCUCAGUGUGGCUGAUGUGGGUUUGUCUCGUGCAGUGCUCGGGGAUGUUGUCUCACGUGGAGAGAUAUGAGGUGGUCAGACCUCAGAGACUCGCGGGGAGACUAAAGAGGAGCCUGCGGGACAACCAGCUUUAUCCUGAUACAGUUCGGUACGAGUUAGCUGUUGAAGGGAAGAAGCACACGAUUCACCUGGAAAAAAACAGGAAUCUUUUUGGGAAAGGCUACACUGAAACACACUAUUCAGAAGACGGAAAACGUGUGACAACGUCACCAAAUGAGGAGCACUGCUACUACCACGGUCACAUCGAGGGCAUGAAGGACUCUUCGGUCAGCGUCGGGAUCUGUUCGGGCGUUAGUGGCUUUGUGCGAGCCCGGCAGCAGCUCUACCUGAUUGAGCCUCUGGGACAGUCUGAGGACGACGACCACGCAGUUUACAGACAGGAACACCUGAAGUUCAACAGCAGGCCCGGCUCCUCGUCCAACACCACCAUAUCGUACGACCGGGACCAGGACCAGGGCCCUCGACCCGCAGGACUCUUCAGGUCCAGAUUGUGGAAAUCUAAAACCAUCACAGGUCCGCAGAAGUUUGUGGAGCUGUUUGUGGUGGUGGACAAUGCUGAGUACAACCGAUACGGAAGCCAGACUAAAUCCCGUAUUCUUGGAGUUAUAAAUCACGUUGACAAGCUGUAUCGAUCUCUGAACAUCCGGGUCAUGCUGGUGGGCUUGGAGAUCUGGACGUACGAAGACCACUUUAACGUUCACCUUAAUUCGGAGACGGCUCUGGACAAUUUCCUCCUGUGGCGACAGGCCAGCCUUCUGCCGAAGACGAAGCACGACAACGCCCAGUUUGUGACUGGCAAAGAUUUUGAUGGAGAUACAGUUGGACUCGCGAAUAAGUUUGCCAUGUGUUCUGAGAACUCCGGCGGAGUGAAUCAGGAUCACCAUGACAACCCGAUAGGCCUCGCCUCCACCAUCGCUCAUGAGAUGGGACAUAACUUUGGCUUGUCCCAUGAUGCCACGGGUUGUGUGUGCGGUCCGUCGUACAGCGGGAACUGCGUGAUGGCGGAUAAGCUCAGGACGGGAACUCAAGCAUUCCCGGAGUUCUUCAGCGACUGCAGCAUAGAGCAGCUCGCUGAAUUCAUGGAGCGCGCUCAGCCCAGCUGCCUGUCCAAGCCGAGCUCCGUUAAGACCAUCGCCAUCGCCCCUCGCUGCGGCAACGCCAUGCUGGACCCCGGAGAGGAGUGUGACUGUGGCACUGUGGAGGAAUGCAGGAACCCGUGUUGUGACGCUUCAACUUGUCGCCUGACUGAAGGCUCUCAGUGUGCUCAUGGACAAUGCUGUGACAACUGCCAGGUGACAGCGGCAGGAAGUGUGUGCAGAAAGGCCGCCAGUGGCUGCGACCUGCCGGAGUACUGCACCGGCGUGUCGGAGGAUUGUCCCGAAGACAGCUUCGAGAUGAACGGCAAACCGUGCUACAACCAGGCGCAGGGCUACUGCUACAACGGCCGCUGCCCCACACAUGAGCAGCAGUGCUGGAGGCUGUUUGGACCAGGGACCAGAGUUGGAUCAGACGUGUGCUUUAACCUGAACAAACGGGGGGAAAAAGGUGCAAACUGUGGGAAGACGCAGUCCAACUACGCCCCCUGUACUGAAUCAAAUCUUAAGUGUGGAUCGAUAUUUUGUGGAGGAGGGGGCGAGUCCAUCACAGGUAAAAGGGCAUCCUACACUGUGUACGGCAUAGAAUGCAAACUGGCUGAGGAUGACGACAAGACCAGAAACAUGGACAUGGUGCCAAAAGGAACCAAAUGUGGACCAAAUAAGGUUUGCUUCGACAACAGAUGUGUGGAUUUAUCGGUUUAUGGGAAAACGGAGGAUUGUGCAAAGAAAUGCAACAACAACGGGGUGUGUAAUCACAAGAACGAGUGCCACUGUAAUCCUGGCUGGGCUCCACCCUAUUGUGACAUCCAGUAUGCAGAUUUACCUCAAGGUCAGAAUGGGAUAAUAGCUGGUGUGUGUGCGGUUCUCUCCAUCCUCCUGGUGAUCACUGUAGUGAUCGCGAGCCUGAUGUGCUGUAAAAAGGACAACAUGGACAACUACACGUCCAAAAGGAAAGUGCACUCAGCUCCAGACAGGCUGAACCCGAUGUUCCAGGAGCCGAAUGGUAAAGACAGACCUCAGAUCAGUCAGCCCACUUUCAUGGAAUCAACAGCGGCGCAAGCCUGCGCUCCUCUGAUUGUUACUGUGACUCCCAGCCGACCCGCUCCACAGCCACCAAAGAAAUUGUCUUCAGUGGCGUCUACCUCACAGACUGAGCCGAUGAAACCUCAACCUCCAGUUAAACCUUUACCACCUCUGAAUAAAACACAGUAUAAAGCAGCCAGUCCGAGUGUUCCUCCUGUACCUCCAGUCAAGCCCAGCCCUCCUCCGGCUGCCAGAAUCAAACCGUGCGCUCCUCCUCCACUGCCCCCAGCGAAGCCACAUGUUCACAGACUCGCAUGAAAUUCUCAAUAAAAGGUUCGACUAAAGAAGAGGACAUUCAGCUACAUAUAGAAAGAGAGCGAUUCUGUGUGAGUCACAAAGGCCAAAGAGUGUGGAAAAGUUUACUCUUUGUUCUUAAAAGCCUGCAAGGAUGACCGAGGCUUCACCGACUGAGAAUGUCUUUGAUUUGAGACCAACAGCUUCACAACUGCUGUGGAAAACUCUCCAUUAACUGCUGCUGCAGUUGUCAUUGUGUUUGUAAAAGGUUCUUUCUGCUAACUUCCUUUGUAACGUUACUGUAAGUUGUCUCAUUGCACUUUUAUAAGUGUGAGCAAAAUGCUGCUCACAUGAAAAUUUACUUUUUAAGAUAUUUAUUUAAUGUUUGUGCAAGGGACUGUACGGAAAUUAUUACAUGGGGAAAGAGGAUUGGGAUGGGUGGGGUUUUCCUUUUUGUUGAAGGAAGGGUAGAUAUAUAUUUUAUAUUCUAUAGGUAGUUAACUGUGGGGGUUUUAAAGCUUUUUCAACAGCUGCCUGCUGCGUAGGGUUGAGUAUCCAUACCAGUACCAAUACCCGUACCCUUAGAGUGAUGCUGAUACCAAUAAGACAGGGUGUCCAAGGGUUUUAAAGAGUCUAAAAUCCAAUAAUUUGAAUAAUUUAGGAUUUAAAAUGUCUUGAACAUGAUUUUGACAGGACUUACAAAUUGCUUGGAUUAAUGGAGUUAACGUUAUUUGUAUAAACUUUCUGUUUUUUUGGAAAAAUUUGUAUUGAUCGCGCUGUAACGACAAAACAAAAAUUUCUCAUUAUAGUUUUUUUGUCAGUACGGAUGUAAAAUAAGUCUUGAAAAGCCUUAAAUUUAACUUAAUGUGGUUGUCUUUUCAACAUAGACAAGUCUAGCACAUUUUGAAAAGAUGGUUCUAAGAUAAAAGCAACAUAUAUAUACGGCAAUAUUUUAAUUUAGCUAGCUAAUGUUAGCAAAACAACCAGCUAACUAAUUGUUGAUGUAACUAGCUAACAAUUAGCAUAAAUUAGCUAGCUAGUUAGCCAGCAUUUUUAUAACAUUAUAGCUUUUAUCUUUUAACCAUCUUAAAAUUGUUUUCAACAUAGACGAGGCUAGCACAACUGUUAUUGGAGCACACCAAAAAGGGGCGGGGCUUAGGAGGGGUCAGUUCUCUGCAGGUUCAUCAGGAGACCCCUUUCACAGUUUGAUACCUUGUGAUUAUAAAAGUAUUGAUUAUAGCCGCUUUAACUUUUUAUUAUAGGUGUAUGAUAGCAUUACAGACAUUAUGGGGGCGGGUGCAGCAGGUUUAUCUGCACCGACGGGAGGGUCCAUUGGUCUCAGCUGCCCUCGCCUCACCAAUAAUUUUUGUACAGUCCCUAAACUGUCUAAAGCCAGUCUGUGCCUUCUACUACCAGGUCACUUUGCACUAUACUUGAAACCCUACGAAUGGUACACGCAGUACGGGAGGCUUUGCACCGUUCAGAUGACCUGUGUGUCUUUCUGUGGUUGAAACAUUUACACUCUCCUUUGUUUGAUUUCAGUCCUGAGGGGGCUUUUUUUUUAAUGCACUGUUAAGUUUCCAGGGCAACAGUCUCAUCGUUUUUAUACCUUGUGGUAUGUUAAAUUGUAAAUUAAUGGCAAAUCGCUGCUAGUACAAGUUGACAUGAUCACAGUCCUACCUUUCAAUUGGUCACAUCAGAUGUAAAAAAUCCUUAAGAGGGCCUUUUGUUGCAGCAAACAAAGAGAAAAGUAUGAUGAGAUGAUUGUGUUGCAUCAGCAGAUUAAACAAACCGCAAGACUUGACAGAGGACUUCUUAUCCGCUGUGUUUUACUUAGCGCUUCAUUAUGUGAAUUGCAUAAUGAUUAAAAGAUGAAUUUUUCUCUAAGAA